CAGAGCAGCUGUCAGCGGCGGUAAAUAUAGCAGCGUUGUGGUGUGUGCGCUGCUCUGUGUGUGGUGUGUGCGCUGUUCUGUGUGUGCGCUGUUCUGUGUGUGGUGUCGGUGUGCGGGUCAGAGCAGCUCCGGGUCAUCAUGAGGAGGCCUGAACAGACCGGAGCAGUCUGAGCUCUCCUGUCAGCACGAAGCGAACAUGGCGCGUCUUUAAAGCUCAAACUGAGCGAGAAGGAGACUGAAGAUCAGCCGCACGCACUAGUUUCCUGUGAGCCUCACUGACGGUGUAAGGAAGCCCACGAGGGUCAGUUCUUCCACAGCCUGGCCAGGAUGUUGCAGCUGUGUAAAGUCACCAACGCCCUGUUCAUCAGUAACGCCCGCUCAGCCUGCAGCGACGAGCUCAUCCAGCAGGAGGCGGUGUCGCUCUGCAUCAACGUGUCCAAGCAGCAGCCGUUUCCCUCCAGCAGCAUCACCAAGCUGCAGAUACCCGUCUACGACGACCCCAACGAGGACCUGUACAGCCACUUUGACCGCUGUGCCGACGCCAUCCAGAAGGAGGCGAACCGCGGCGGACGCAGCGUCGUCUACUGUAAGAACGGACGCAGCCGCUCGGCCACGAUCUGCAUCGCCUACCUGAUGAAGCACCGCAAACUGUCCCUGACAGACGCCUUACAGAAAGUCAAGACGGCUCGUCACGUGAUCGACCCGAACCCCGGCUUCAUGUCUCAGCUGCAGAGAUACGAAGAGGAGCUGAAGCGCAGACGAGGAAAGUCCUGAUCCUUCUCACAAAACUCAGAGUCCGCAGCUGAAAACAGAAGCAGUGCUGAAGCUUCUUCACCUCCGUCCUCCUCUUCUGCAGGAUUUUACACGCCGUCACUUUAGUUAAGGCUUAGAUGAACUAAUUAACCUCUAGAUUACGGCCUGUUUUUAAAAAGUCCCAACAAAUAUGUAUUAAACUUAUUUUAAUGUUAGGAUACUGAGUGUCUAAAAUGUGACCUGAUAAAAACAAUAUUUAAGGAAAGUUUUUAUUACAAAACUGAACAAGUGGAGCUGAUGAGAAAAAGUAUAGAAAGUUUUAAAAUCAAGCCAAAUAACAUAAGAAGAAAAAUUAACUAUAAAAUUUGAACUAAGCUGAAGUGCAGGUGGAACUGUUACCUCCUAAAUGUGCUGAAUAUCCACUCUACAUGAUGUUCAUCUACAGAAAACGAGGCUCAUUUACUCUACGUAAUCACAACAACAUUAUUCUUUUAUAAACCUUUACUUUGUUACAAAGCACUUAAAGAAAAAACAGACAGGACAACAUUGUACCAAGUUUGUGGAAAAUAAAAGAUGAAGAAGUAUAUUUAUUAUCCAGUUAUCAGUUAUGAUCAGGUUGCUGCUCACCGUUGGUUUCACUAUUGAUUACUUUGCAGCCAAUACUUCGAUUUAAAUUAAAAUAAAAUACUUUAAACCAUAAUUGGCAACAAAAUAGUCUAAAAACUGAUUAUUUUUAUGCUUGUCCUCUCAGUGGUUCACUAAUCAUAAGAAAAUCAUAAAAGAAAGAUUAUUUUCUGUCUUAACACUCAGUUUUCUUUUCUUGUCUGAGCACACGUGGCUGCAGUUCCACCUUUUACCUCUAGGUGGAACCACUUACACAGAAAAUGAUGCAGACCCGUGAACACGUGACGAGUCAGGCUCCUCCUCUUUCAUUUGAUCUGAAACAUUAAAAAAAUCCACAAAGAAGCUCAGGGAUGAUAAUAAACCGUGACGUGAGAUUUCGUCUCUCUUGUGAACCAUUAAAUGAGAACUCACCUGGAUUUUAUUCUGACAGGAUGUAACCUUAGGAGGCUGUCUCACUGAUCCUAGGUCAGUUUCACUGUAGAGCGUGGAUGAUGUUACACUGAGAGUUUCAGUUAAGAUGCGAUAAUAUGGAGCUUUCCAGGUACUUAAGCCUCUCCCGUUAAAACUUGUUAAAUUCACACAAAACCUUUACAUUUAUUAUUUGUCUAAGAAUUAUUUCCCAGGAGGCUCCAGUUUAACUUCACCUGAGAUUUAAUUUCAACUUAGGUUAACAUAUGCCAACGUGGAAUUGUUCAUUUAAAUAAGUGAAAAGUCAAAGGUUGUUACAAGUUAGAGAUUUGAAAGCUUUUUAGUUUAAAUCACCUCAUAAAACUGAUAAUUAUGUCGAGAUCAAGUAACAGUUUAUAUUAAUAUUCUAUGAAUCAGCCUCUGAAUGAUACAGAAGAAAAACAUUUUCCUGGACAUGAACAGGAAAGCAACAUGUUCCUGGUCUUUUAUGUUUAAUUAAACAAAAAAAGAAAGAAAGAAGAUUAAUUAUUAAUCUAAAAAAGCACAAAAUCUUGAAACUGGGCAUAAAAACAAAAGAACACAAACAAAAAUGUUUUGCCUUAAAGAGCCACUGAAUUAUUAAUUGUCAGUUUUUUUAACGCUCCAUCAAAUGUCUUAAAGCUCUGUAAAUAUACAACAUAUUAAAUACUCAGGUUAAAAUAGUAGAAAAGAAACAAACAUAUUCAACUACAUAUGUGGGAAUUUUUAACAUUUUGGCAGCUUAUUAAGUCUGAACGAUCUCGUCAUGUAAAACAUGUAAGUCUGUGAAAUUCAGCAGUUUUAUAUGUUAAAUGUGUUCUGUGAGUUUUAAUGCUGCUUCCGGUUAAUAAUUAUCUUUUAAUAAACAAAACAAAAAACCUUGUGAAAGUCUUACUGUUGAUCUCAGGUGUGCCAUUAGAAUCUAAAAGCAAUGAUUUUAUUUGCACAGAUAUUAUUUAAACCACCUGUGACCUCAGUUUUUAUUGUAAUGAGUCUAUAAUUAUAAAAGCAAACAGACGUCUGUGUUAGCUAAAAGGUGUUACCAUAACAGGCGCUUAAAGAAAUAAUCCUGCCCUGCCUCUUUAAGACCAGGCUGCUGUAAACAAUCGUUUGUGAGAAAAUAAAAAUAAAGUUAAAUGUUGAUCACUCAAAAA